AUGGAAGGAAGAUCGAAUUCUGUAGCGACUUCACAAUCAGGAAGUGAAAUGAGUCACAGUGAAACUAGGAACAGAGCAGGGAUCAAUGCUAGAAAAAGGAAAUUUGCCUGCGUAGAAUGUCGGCAGCAGAAGUCAAAAUGUGAUGCCCACGAAAGAGCACCUGAACCAUGCACUAAAUGUGCCAAAAAGAAUGUCCCAUGCAUUUUAAAGCGAGAUUUUAGAAGAACUUAUAAAAGAGCAAGAAACGAAGCUAUUGAAAAAAGAUUUAAGGAGUUGACAAGAACUUUGACAAAUUUAACAUCAGACGAGAUUUUGAAGAAAAUUGAAGAAGAACAAGAGAUCGUUUUAGAUAAUAGUAAUUUUACAAAGGAAAAAGUAAAACAACUCAGAAAAAGUGCAUUUGAGUCAACAGAUAUGGAACCAAGGUUAUACAGAACACUUCGGGGAGAACCUAUUGCAUAUAAUGCCAACAGAAAGCACACGGAUUCUUCACCUUUAGCACUCUUAAGCUCAUCGACAAACUUCGACCCUGCGCAAUCGAUGAACGUCAUGACAGAGGAGCAACUUAAAUGCUUACCUAAGAGUCUGGGUGAUGUAUACUUAUCAAGCAGCGAUAUUGCUGAAUUAUUUCAAGAAUUUGCGACGAAGUAUCAUCAGUUUUUGCCAGUCGUUGACCUUUCAAAGGGAGCUGAGCGAAUCUAUCACUUAUCUCCAUGUUUAUUCUGGGUUAUCCUGCUCAUUGGUCUAAGGCGAAAAUUUGGAGCUACGGAUUUGAUGACUAGAUUAUCUGUGUUGGUAAAGUCCGUUUUAUCGGAAAUUACCAUAUCACCAAUAAUUCGAUAUACUCCAUCAGACAAAGAUGAACCCGUUUUGAACGUAGCAUCUGUAUACUCGGUACAAGCUUUUCUACUAUACACCUUCUGGCCUCCUUUAACGUCCUCGUUAAGUGCCGAUACUUCGUGGAAUACCAUAGGAACAGCCAUGUUCCAAGCACUUCGGGUAGGACUGAAUUGCGCAGGUUUUUCAAAAGAGUAUGCUUCGGCAAAUUCAGAAUUAGUUAACGAGCAGAUACGAACCUGGAUUUGCUGCAAUAUUGUAUCUCAAACAGUAGCAUCAUCAUUCGGGUUUCCAGCUUAUGUUUCCUUUGAUUAUUUAGUAAUAAGCUCUAUCAGAACACCUGAUACAAAAAGUCAAGUUGAUAUACCCAAUGAACUGAGGCAAAUGGCUCAAAUUGCAAGAUUUGAAAACCAAAUCGUAAAUACAAUGAACUCUACGCCGGCAAGCGUGACGGGUAUGGUAAGCCAGGAAGAAAAACAGCCAUUGUUGCACGUCCUUAAUCAACAGCUAAGCCAAUUAGAGAUUAGUCUUGAAGAGAAUAAUCUAGAUGAUAUACGAAAAUUUUUGUUGCUUGUGGCAAAAGUUCACUUAUUAACCUAUUAUUUCACUGAUAUUACGUCUCAGAAUGUUGGAAAGUCAAAUCGAAAUAUUUAUGAGGGAUCUUAUUCUGUUAUGGAGCUAGAUUCAAAUUUCGAGACAAAGCGUGGAUUGGUGAAAGUUUAUAAUGCGGCAGUAAAUUUUCUCACACAUGCCAAUAGCAUGUGGGAACAUGACCCUACCAUCAUUAAGUACUUCCCAGGCCUGUUUGUCUUGAAUGUAUGGCAGUCUGCCUGUAUUAUUAGCAAACUCAUACAUUCAUCACUUCAUUCAAUGCUAGAUGUGAACUCGGGUAAAAAAGCUUAUAAUAAUGCAAUUUCAUUAACGUUCAAUGCCUCUGUUUUGAAAUAUGAUAUGGCAUAUAGGUCAUCCGGAAUAAUGCGAAGCAUAUGGAGUUUAUUUGCAAAUAUGUAUGAUGCAUGGAAAAACGAUCAAAAGGAAGAGGUAAGCAAAAUGGAAAAUGACUUUAAUUUGGGGAUCACCAUAAAAUCUAGGAUGUCGGUGAACGUUUUCUUUGAUUGUUUGUAUAUUCUGAAGGAGAAAUGUGGUAUGGCGAAAUUAGAAAGAGAAACAAAGGUUUCUACAGCGUAUAACGUUGACGAGGAAGAAGAAGAGGAAGAAGAUGAAGAAGAAGAAGAAGAAGAAGAGGAUGAGGAAGAAAUAACCGGAAACGUUUCUGAAAGUGUGGAUAAUCAGCAACUAAGGACAAGAAAAUUUACCAACGUAAAGCACCCAGAAAAGAAAGCAAGAAGAAUAAUUGAAACCAUUCCGCUAGAUCCAAAUCCAAUAAAUGCAGGCUCUACUAGCAGUGGAAGCUCAUUGACAACCCCAAAUAGUCAAGUCGCAAACACUAUAUCAUAUAGGGGAAUUCUUACUAAGAUGUCCCCCAGAGAGCAGCUAAAUAACGCAAAUUUAGAUUCCAAUGCCUUCUCUGAUCUUAAAGAGGAUGGCGUUAUCAAUAAACAUUUGCCAAUAGAAACGGAUGCUGGACAUCUGGUAAGUCAACCACCUCCAAUAACACAAAUGCAUGAGAACGCACAGCCAGCAACAAAGAACAACCAUUCUCUAUUAGAAACGUAUCCUAUGGUCCAACAAAACCCUGUUUCAACGACAAUCAAAGAAUCACCUAAUUCUAUCAUGGCAAGUUGGGAUAACUGGGAAUCUGAUAUGGUUUGGAGGGAUGUUGAUAUUCUAAUGAAUGAGUUCGCGUUCAAUCCCAAGGUUUGA